AUGGCCACCUCUCUCGCCGCGCAGCUCGCGCAAAUCGCGGUCAAUUCCAAGUCGUCCCUCGACACCAAGGCACGCAAGGCCGCCCAUUCCAAGUCCCUCCUCUUCGACCCCAAGGUCGCCACCGCCCAGAGCUUCCAGGCCCUCUACACAAUAUGCCACGACGGCUUCGACGAGCUCUGCCACCUCGACGCCCGCUUCAAGCCCUUCGCCCUGACCCUGUUCAGCGAGCAGAGCCAGAAUGAGGACCGCACCCAGAUGUCCGCCGCCGAGAACGCGGAGCUCGAUGCCAAGGUCGACGCCUUCCUCCGCCUCGUCGGGAGCCGUAUACGUCUCAUGCCCGCCAUUCGAGCCGUUGAGUGGCUUGUACGGAGAUUUCGCAUCCACGAGGAGAACACCCGAGCUCUGCUAUGUACCUUCCUACCAUACCACACCAUCCCCGCCUUCGUGACUCUCCUCUCCAUCCUACCCGCGCAGCUUCCGCACGAAUACCGAUUCCUACACCCAUACGUCCGCUCCCUGACCGCCCCUCCCCGGUCUGUCCUCGUCCACGAAGCCAUCCAUAAGCCGGCGUUCCUCUCUGCGAUUUCCGAUUAUACCUUGGAAGCCUGUCGCAACCUGCAACACUACCCUGCUCUCAUCUCCUUCUGGGCAGGCAUCAUGACAGAGGCCGUCAACGGCAUGCUCGACAACGGCCGAUCGGGACGCCAGGCCGUUCAACAAGACAACGACCAGGCCCUGCUACACCGACUAGGACCCGUCUUUGGCGAGGCCAUGCUCAUGAAGAAGGUCCCCAACAUGCAGAUCGCCACCUACAUGGCCGUGUCCAUCUUCGCCUCCAAGGGCAACCUGGACGACGGCGUGCUGUCCGCCUUUAUGGAGCAGAUCGUCCACGGGUGGACCAGCGAGACCAUGCGGCCGGGCCUCGUGUGCUUGUCCAUACUGGCGCACCAUCGGUCCGCCAAGCAAAUGUCCGGGAAGGUGACCAAGGCGCUCAUCAAGGUCCCCAACCUGGGCGGCACCCUCGUCGACAUUGGACGGCAACAGCGGGUCGACAAGCUGGCCCACGGUCUUUGCCUGGCCCUGGUGGAACGCCUGUGCAAGAAGGGCGACCCUCGUGGCCUGCCCGUCAUCCGAGCCGUUCUAACCGGCCAAGUCAUAAGAGACAAGCAGGUGGCCGUUGUCUUCAAGUCGCUGGUGUUGGCUGCGCACAGGUUAAAUGACGAGACCGAUCCGGAGGGCAGCAUGCGCAAGGAACUCGGCUCGGCUCUGAUCGACUUGUCCCGCCAUACCGGAGAUUCGAGUGACAUCAUUCGGAGCGUCAUUGAAGAAGGAGAGAUCGAUAUCGAGGAGCUCGAAAUGAAGCUUGACGUGUCGAUUCGACAGCAAAAGGUCGUUGGUGCGCCGCCGGGGGAGGACUUGGCCAUGGAAGUCGAUGGGGCCCCGAAACAACUCCAGAAGGACGUGCACACAUUGCUUCAGCAGCAGACUGUCCGGCAACUGUCUCUACCAGCCGGCCUCUCUGCCAAUCCCGGCAGCGCAUUCGAGGAGCUCGCUCAGCUGUUCCUCCGGGUCGUCGCGCAAAGCGCGGAACAACCGACCCUACUGGAGAUGUUUGUCCACCUGCCCGCCCUCCGCCGACAGGACGCCGCGAGCGACUCCACGUUCGUGGCCUUCUUCAUACAUAUCUGGUGCGGCCCGUAUCCGACCUUGGCUCGUGCAGCGGCACUGGAUGCUGUCAAGAAGCGGCUGCAGGCGGGGGACAUGGAAGGAAAAGACUUCCAAGCCAUGCUCCCUUACGUCCUCGUUGCAUUGCUUGAUUCCUCCAGAAAAGUCCGUCGCGCCGCCGCCGACCUCCUUGCGCGGCUAGGGACCAUGUUGCCAGCUCAGAGCGGUGACGCGAAGAAGCGAGGCCUCUGGCCGGGAAGCGUUCUCUUCCCCGAGGGCACCGAACCGCCCCAGUUGGAGGGUGAGGCGGUCUCGCGACUGUUGACUGGCAUCGUGCUGCCGGCCUUGGAGGAAUGUGUCAUGCACGAGGAGCACCUCGGCACCCUUUUCCAUUCCAGUCUCGAGAGCGGCGGAAAGAAGACGGACGGGAGUGGCAAAAAAGCCCUCUCCCCAUCCACCAGGCAGUCCGUGUUUGCAUGGCUAGCGGCCCAUGUCACCGCUACUCCACUGCCGAGGGUCAAAUCCAACCUCCUGUCGCUUCUGAAUCGGAUUAAGAGCGUCGGGAGCGUGUCGAGGACGAAGUUAUUGCUCCCGGCGUUCCGAUGGUGGGCUUCACUAUCCGCCGACGAAGUCGCGGCGCUGUGUCUGACCGAGCAGCUCGGCCCGGAGCUUCUCCACGAAAGAUUUGCUCAGACGGUGGUGGCGAACGAUUCCAGCGGGUUGGACUUCCUCCUCUCCGUGAUUCAGGACCCCAAAUCGGCACAGCGUCCCGAACUGGUGAGGUCUAGCUUUACGCGCAUACGGAACAUGUGGCCGUCCAUGAAGCUCGACACCAAGUCCGAUGUCUCUCGUACGAUGCUGGAGCUUUACCAGCAACAACGGCAGCAGCCGCAGCAGCCGCGGCAGCAACAGAUUGAGCAGCAGAAGCCGUCAGGGGACGACCAAGAAGGCCAAGACAUCAUUGCGACCGAAGCUUCGGAUCUCUUGAAGAAUGUCGACCUUACCACCGACGUCCUCGCACAUUUCCUUUCGUCCAUCCAGACGCGCACAAAGACGGCGACGGAAUCCCCACCGAGCAAACGCCGUAGGACCAGUCCCUCCAACGCCGAUCGCGGGACCCAGGUUUAUACGCCGGCCGAGCUGAACAAGAUACUGCGAGACAUCACCUUCGUGCUUCAGCUGGUGGAAGGAUGCAACCCCCGAGCCCACCCGGAGCUGCUGCACAGCCUCUUCGACACGCUAGGCGAGCUGCAGCGGUUCAGCAGCGUGGUAGGGUCCGAGCUGGGCUACCUGCAGAACCUCGUGCUUACCAGCUUGAUCGCAAUGGUGCCCGAGUACAAGGACAAGACGAACAAGAAGCUGGAGAUUGGGAGCUCUGGAGGGUACGGUGAUCUUCUGGCGAAUUGCAUACAGAAGACGACGAGCCCGAUCGUGCAAAACUCGGCGCUCCUGCUGAUCGCGAGCCUGGCGUCGGCUGCCCCCGAUGUGGUUCUGCACAGCGUAAUGCCCAUCUUUACGUUCAUGGGCGCCUCGGUGCUCCGGCAAAACGACGACUACUCUGCGCACGUGGUCAACCAGACGGUCAAGGAGGUCAUCCCGCCGCUGAUGGCGUCCCUCAGGAAGGGCAAGCGGAAUCCCAUCGCGGGAGCGACGGAGCUUCUCGGCAGCUUCGUGACGGCCUACGAGCACAUCCCCUCGCAUCGCAAGCAGGACCUCUUCGUGUCACUCGUGAACACGCUCGGCCCUGCGGAGUUCCUGUUUGCGCUUAUCGCCAUGCUCGUGGACAAGUACGAGGCCAGCGCCAACAUCAUCUCGUUCACGGCGGAUCUGCUCUCCGUCUACGGUGCCGACGUGCAGCUACAGACGGCGGCGCAGCUGCUCGCCCUCAUCGGCGACAUUUUCCAACCCAGGCCGGAACUCUCAUCGACGCUUCUCGGAGUGGGCGACGAUGUGCGCGAUAAGGACGACGUGCACAAGACAGCUCUCCGGCAGUUGGCCGUGUUCCCGUCGCUGCUGUCCGGGAAGAAGCUGAAGAAGGAAAUUGGAGAGCUGGCGGAGCAGGACGACAUGCAGACAUCAAAGAUGCGGGAGCUGUACGCGACUCUCCUCAAGGACACGCUUGCGCUUGCCGACGUGGUCAAGGGCGAGAAGGAUCUACACGAGUGCUGCGGCUCGGCGCUGGCGAAUCUACUCAACCUCCUGUCGAUCGGGGAGUUCAUCAAGUCGGUGGAGAAUCUACUGGACAAGACGGAGAUGGACCUGCGGCGCAAGGUGCUCCGGGCGCUCGAGGUCCGGGUCGACCAGGAGGGCACGGGCGAUGCUGCGUCGCGGACAGCUCUGCUCGGAUUCCUGCCGCAGCUGACGGCGGCGAUCCGGGACACGGAGGACCUGCGGUACAAGCGGACGGCUGUGGCGUCGGUGGACAAGAUCGCAGAGAAGUAUGGCAAGAAAGACCUGGAGGCGGUGGCGGCGGCGGCCACGACGAUUGCAGGGCCGGAGUGCCUGGGCCAGCCCGAUGCCGGGCUCCGGGUCAUGGCACUGCUCUGCCUCGCGUCUCUCGUGGAUGUGCUGCAGGACGGCAUCGUGCCUGUGCUGUCGCUGGCUGUGCCGCAAGCCAUCCUUUACAUCGAACAGAGCCUGGAUGUGGGCGAGGAGAAAGAGCCGCACGGCGAGCUGCACAAUGCAGGUUACGCGUUUAUCACGGCGGUAGCUCAGCAUUUACCGUACAUGGUGACGGGAGCGUAUCUCGACAAGAUCAUUACGGCGUCGAGCGCUUCUGCGGCGACGGCAGACCUGGAUGAUGAGGCCAGCGAUAGCCGGCUCAACUGCCUUCGGUUCCUUGCUCGCAAGGUGGAACCCAAGGUCUUUUUCGCCGGACUGGAGAAGAAUUGGGCGGCUGUGACGGAAGCCGGUUACGAGGCCAUUGGUGAAUUUGUGGAUAUUCUGAGCGUUGCCAUCAAUAGCCACCCCAAGUCGGUCAUUGGCAAGAACUUGCCCUCGCUAUCGAACAUUUUCCUGAAUGCGCUCGACCUUCGCAGGCAAAUGCAGGCCAAGGGCGAGCUCUCGACGGCGGAAUUGGGGCAGAUCGCCGAGGUGGAAAGCCAGCUGAACGAGGUGGCACUCAAGAUGAUCUACAAGCUGAACGACGCGGCAUUCCGGCCGGUGUUCACGCAGAUGGUAGAAUGGCCGUCCCAGCUGGGCAAGAAGGAUACGCGAGGGGCGGUGGCACGACGGUACAGCGUGUACAAGUUCCUGGAGACGUUCUUCGACAGCCUCAAGUCGAUCGUGACGAGCUACGCGACGUACAUCCUGGAGGACGCGGUGACGACGCUGGAAGGGUGCGACAUGAAGGUCACGGAGCAGCGGCAGCUGUGGGACGCGGUGCUGCGGACGUUGAGGCGCUGCUUCGAGCACGACCAGGACGAGUUCUGGCAGGCGCCGUCGCACUUCGGGGCGGUGGCGCGGGUGCUGACGUCGCAGCUGGGGCGGGCGGGGUCGGACAAGAACAGGGACAAGGCGAAGGCGAAGGCGAAGAUGGAGGUGGACGUGCGGGAGAGCCUGAUCCCGGCGGUGGUGGAGCUGGCGGCGGCGGCGGACUCGCAGGAUCACCAGAAGGAGAUCAACACGGCGGUGCUGAAGCAGCUGCGGGCGGAACAUGCGGCGGUGAGGCUGGCGGCGGUGCUGUGCCAGCAGGCGUUGACGGACAGGCUUGGGGAGGAGUGGCUUGCUUCCCUGCCGGAGAUGUUGCCGUACAUUAGCGAGCUGCAGGACGACGACGAUGAGGUUGUGGAGAGGGAGACGCAUCGGUGGAUUGUCAAGAUUGAGGGGGUGUUGGGCGAGAGUCUCGACUCUAUGUUGCAGUGA